CGUUGUUUUGUUGUUUGUUUUGACUUCGACUAUGGACGACAACCUGGAACUACCAAAUAAUGAUGGACCAGAAAUUCGAGUUGGGGAUAACCUAGAAGAGGAAGACCAGUCUUCAGGCGAUGAGGAUGAAGGUCCCGAUUGGACAAAGCUGAUGCCCAAAGCAGCAAGACCGGUCAUACCAAAACGAGGAGACAAAGAGUUCGAACCUUCAAAGCAAGGGGGCUCUGGCCUUCAGCAACAUAUUCUUCAGCGAGCAAGAAACGCAAUGUUUGAAGCUCUUCGCGCUGAUAGAACGAUAUCAAAUAAAUCUAUUAGCUACGGAACGUGGCAUCCAUCAUUGGCUCGAGUUUCAGUAACAAUAUCUCGCGGAAUAUCAAUCGGUACAGUAGGACAUUCUGUUCCACGCGAAACCGCUAUGACAAACGGGACCGUAAAAACUCAAAAACGGAUGGAGCUUCUGCCUGAAGAGGCGAUCUAUCUCAUCGAACGAGGUUCCUUAUUGUGCUGGAAAGAGUCUGCGGUGGAAUAUCCGAACGACGGAACUUUCGAAAGUAUCUCCGGAAGUCCAAUGACGGUUCAGCAGGCAUACACGGAGAUGAUAGGUAAAGAGGAUCUCACUAUGGAUCGUUAUCAGGUCUACGCGUAUCUGAAGCGCUUGGGUUACACUGUGACUCGUACAAAACCUCCUACCGCAUUUUACCCGGUCACCGCUCCGUAUCCACCAUCGUUAUUGACGUUGACAUCCUCCUCGUCAUUUAAAUCAAAAACCUCUGCUCUCUUUUCGUCGUGGAUUUCGACAAUUUUUCGCACACUCUUUCCAGAUUCCUUUGACUGGUGGAGGCCAUUGCGAAUACGUCGGUGGCUUAAAAUGGAUAAGAAUUACAGUUUUAUAUUCCAGUCUCUUCGAUUCAUUCCAUCGGGACACAAGGUUCCGCAAUAUUCACCUACAGAAACUGAAUCCCCUUCCUCGCCAUAUGAACCUUUUUUCAAUCUUUAUAAGCCACCCACUCCGUUCAAAAAAUCAGCACCCCCUCCACCAGAUUACCAAAUGGUUGUAGUCAAUGCUCGAACGACACCAAUGCCUUCUCUUCGUGAGCUCACGGCGAUAUAUAAUAAUGCACCUGAACUCCCUCCCCCACAACGUCGAGUGCAGAAUCCCCCCCAAAUUCAAGGAAUCUCGUACAAAAAUUCGACUGGGACUACCGGCUCAGAUACACCGGCCCAAUCACAAACUCAUAACUCUAAUACUCCCACUUUGAUGUCUAGUUCCUCUAUGAUAUCACUCCUCCCUCAUGGUUUCACUUCUUGGCUCUAUGCAAAACCCACAUCCUCACCCCAAAAGCUUGAACGCAGACCAAAUCCAUUCGCAGUCUUGCGCCAAGGGAAAAAAACUGCCAUUAUUGCCACAGUGGAUGCGGGUACGAUCAAUAUCUUCCGAUUUGCGCAGGGAGCAUUUGAGACUGGCCCUUGGUUCUAAGUGAUAGGGGAUGCAUCUAUUGGUUCUCUCAAUCAAAAUACAUUAUUUGGUAUCGCGCUGCAACUUACCAUUUAUCGAAGGUGUUAUCAUGUAGAAGUCGACGUUUAUGUUGAUCUCUCACCUUUUCCCGCCAAGAGGGGAAGCUAUUUUAGGGAAGACUUUAGGCUAGGGAUUGAGUGUUACAGUUGGCCGUUACAUAAUUA